AUGCCUCCCAAGUCCAAGACCGUCCGUCCCGCCCAGGAGAACAUCUCCUUGGGUCCCCAGGUCCGUGAGGGCGAGCUCGUCUUCGGCGUUGCCCGUAUCUUCGCCUCCUUCAACGACACCUUCGUCCACGUCACCGAUCUUUCCGGCCGUGAGACCAUCUGCCGUGUCACUGGCGGUAUGAAGGUCAAGGCCGACCGUGACGAGUCCUCCCCCUACGCCGCCAUGUUGGCUGCUCAGGACGUCGCUACCCGCUGCAAGGAGCUCGGCAUCACUGCCCUCCACAUCAAGAUCCGUGCCACCGGUGGUAACGGCACCAAGACCCCCGGUCCCGGUGCCCAGUCUGCUCUCCGUGCCCUGGCCCGUUCCGGCAUGAAGAUCGGCCGCAUUGAGGACGUCACCCCCACGCCCUCCGACUCUACCCGCAGAAAGGGUGGUCGCCGCGGUCGUCGUCUCUGA